UAUGUAACAACCAUCCAAACAGUGUCACUUUUUCAAGAGAGAGGUUCCGCAAGAAGGUUGAGUUUUGCGAGAGAGUUUGAAGAAAUGAGGUUGAGCUUUAUUCGAUCCAUUUCAUGUUGUGCUGUUUCAUCAUCUCCAACAACCUCAGUGAAACCUCAAACACCCCUAUUUCUAAAGCCAUCCAAUUACAAAACAACCUUAAAAGACCUCAAAAAAUGGCGCCUUUGGGCUAAAACCUUAGCUUCUUCAGUGGGUUCCACUUUCUUGAAACUAGACAAUGGACCCCACUCUGACUUAUUACUCAGAGAACUAAAUUGGCUCAUUGAAGACUCAAUUGAAACACCCAAAUCACUAUUACAAGAAUCCCAUACAGUUUCACUAAGGGUGUGUUUGGAUGAACUUUAUGAUUUAUGGAAACAAAGGGUAGAAAAAAGAAGGCCUUUUCAGUAUGUGGUUGGUUGUGAGCAUUGGAGGGAUUUGGUUUUGAGUGUUCAAGAAGGGGUUUUGAUUCCAAGACCUGAAACUGAGCUAAUUGUGGAUUUGGUUAAUGAUGUUGUUAAGGAUAAUGAGGGGUUAAGGGAAGGUUUGUGGGGUGAUUUGGGGACUGGAAGUGGUGCACUUGCUAUUGGGAUUGCAAGGAUUUUGGGCUGUGAAGGUAGAGUUAUUGCUACUGAUUUGAGUCAUGUUGCUACUGCCGUUGCAUCUUAUAAUGUGCAGAGGUAUGAUUUGGAGGAUAAAGUGUUGGUAAAGCAAGGAUCUUGGUUUGAGCCUUUGAGAGAUAAUGAAGGAGAAUUUGUGGGGCUGGUCAGUAAUCCACCAUAUAUUCCAAGCAAAGAUAUUGGUGGACUGCAAGCUGAAGUUGGUAGACAUGAACCUAGACUGGCGUUAGACGGUGGAGCAAGUGGUAUGAAUGACCUCAUCCAUCUCUGUGAUGGAGCUGUUUCGAUGUUGAAACCUGGCGGUUUCUUUGCAUUUGAGACAAAUGGUGAUGAACAGAGCAAAUUCCUAGUCCACUACAUUGAGAAUAAGAAGCAAGGUAGCUUCUCUAAAGUGAAGAUGGUACCAGAUUUUGCUGGCAUCAAGAGAUUUAUAACAGGAUUUAGAGGAAGAUAAUCUGUAACAGUAGCCAAAGAAAUUAUACGAGAGAAGGGAUGUGGAAGAGCCAGGGGUUUGGGGGAUUACAGAUUCUGUUGUCUUGGGGCUUGAACAAUUCAUAUUUGCUCUUUGGAUUUUACAGAAUGAUAUAUUCUCUCUGAUCUUGUGCAAAGAAUCUUUUAACUACUCUUUUAGGUACUCAGCACACUUCAGUACUAGAAUAUAGUUUGAACAAUGUCACAAAGGCUGGUGCAAAGCUUUAAUACUGAAACAGAAAAUUUUAUUAAACUCCCUCUGCAAUUUAUUGAAAUUAGGAUCAGAUUUAACAUGA